AUGCAUUUUACAGGCAUUCUGCUUAGCUAUGCCUCGGUCGGCAUGGCAUUUGUCCUUUCUGAUCCAAAGAUGUCACUGAACAGUAUUCCAUUCUCAACACGAAUACACUGGAUGCGCGAAGCCAACGCUGCAUUGAAAGUUGUCACUGGGUCACCUUGUCCUUUUGCGGCUUUUGGUACUGUGAUUGUAAACCACACCAAUACCGACGGACUUGGUGAUCUCCUCUGUAUCGGUGCCAACGAGAAUAGCCUCACGGGCAAUCCGACACUGCAUGGAGAGAUGGCCGCUAUUAAAAAUUGUACCGCGAUUCUAACUGAUCCGAAUGGCCGGUACAAUUUAACCGCGUCCGAGGCCCAGGCUGCCUUUACUGAUCUAACGCUUUAUACCAACGCAGAGAGCUGUCCGAUGUGCGCGUCUGGCAUUCGAUGGGCAGGAUUCCGUGAAUAUAUCUACGGAACGUCCAUUGAUCGACUUAUCCAAACAGGCUGGGGCCAAAUCCGAAUUCCUUCUAUCGAUGUCUUCCAGGCCUCGUUUGACUUGCCGAACGCGGCACGACUCGUGGGUAAUUUGCUCGUCAAUGAAACCGACCCACUGUUCCUUUGGCAAUACGAUCCUUUAUAUCCGUGUCCUUCGGGGUGCUCUCGCUCCGAGGAUGGCUCAACUUGUGAGGCGAAUUAA